AUGGUCUCCAUCACCUCUCUCGUCUUGCUCGCUGCCUCCAGCAUUGCAUCCGCCGCCUCUGUGCCUUUGGAAGCCCGCGCUGCUGCUUUUGAUUCCAAGAUGGUUUAUGCCUACGGCGCCACUCCCGACGCCGGAAUUGGCGGCGUCCGCUUGACCUACGGCGAUGGCACCGCCUUCGUCGGCAACCGCCCUCCUUCAAACGUCUCGGUGGCCUCCAACAUCACCUUCUCUUGGGACUCGUCCUCGGGCCCCAUCGGCAUCAGCCCCAACUCGUCCAACGUCACUUUCGGCCAGAGCCAGUACUUCUACAUCAACCCCAACGGCAGCGCCUUCGACAGCGUGCAGAUCAGCGACUCGGCCCCCUCUGACAGCUACACCGACACCGGCUUCGUCUUCUACGGCAACUGGCUCUUCUGGAAGUCGGACGCCGGCAAGCUGGAGUCCAAGUUCUACGCCACCCCCUCGGACGAGAACGGUGUCUGGACCCUGAAGUGGAACGCGGGCAGCAGCGACGACGGCACCAGCGUUCCCAUCUCGCUCCGGACCAUCGCCCCGUCCGAGAACAAGAGGGUUUGA